UUAGUUUACGGGUUAAUCUCUAUGAGUCCUCACUGUGUGCAACCGAGAUGAGCAACCAGCAGUUUACACAGAGUAACAGCUGACAAUGUGAUCAUUCAGAAUAAAACAACAUGUAAAGACUCGACGCUUCCAGCUUUCGAUUUAGUUGAGGAGAGGGACGGGGUCUUGAGCUAUUUGACAUUCGUUUUCCUGCAAAGGCGUGCCUUUUAUUAUCGGAUCGCGAUCAUGCAGCAAUCAUUCUGAUCAAAACGGCCACCCCCCGAGAGCCGUGAGAACCCACGUUCACCUCCCUCGCCACGAACUUCGGCGCUGUGCGCAAAGGCGCAAACGGGACAUCUGGAGAGCUUUUACGCACAGAGGACUUCAUAUCAAACAGAUCCGCAAUCGCUCGCCAUGGAAGAGAAUUUAAGCAACCUGAGCGUGCUGAACUGGGAGCAGGUGAAGCGUCUGGAUGUCAUCCUCACCGAAUCCAUCCCCAUUCACGGCAAAUGGAACUUCCCCACUUUGGAGAUGAAACCUCGGGAUAUCGUCAAAGUCGUGCGGUGUCGAAUGGAAGAGCGCAAGAUUCACGUCCGGGAGGUCCGGCUCAACGGUUCCGCGGCCAGCCACGUUCUCCACGAGGACAGCGGUUUGGGUUAUAAAGACUUGGACCUCAUAUUUUGCGCUGAUCUGAAAGGAGAAGUGGAGUUUCAGACCGUCAAGGAUAUCGUUCUCGACUCCCUCCUGGAUUUCCUGCCUGAAGCUGUGAAUAAAGAGAAAAUUACGCCAGUCACAUUAAAGGAGGCUUAUGUGCAGAAGAUGGUAAAGGUUUGUAAUGAUUCAGACCGCUGGAGUCUAAUCUCCCUCUCCAACAACAGCGGGAAGAAUGUCGAACUGAAGUUUGUGGAUUCCCUGCGGCGGCAGUUUGAGUUCAGCGUCGACUCCUUUCAGAUCCGUCUGGACUCCCUCCUCCUCUUCUACGAGUGCUCUGAAAACCCCAUGGCUGAGACGUUCCACCCCUCCAUCGUGGGAGAGAGCGUUUACGGAGACUUCAACGUAGCCUUGGACCACCUGCAGCGUAAACUGAUCUGCACGCGAAAUCCCGAAGAGAUUCGCGGUGGCGGUUUGCUGAAGUACUGCCACCUGUUGGUGCGAGGUUUCCGUGCGGCUUCGGAAGCCGAGAUGAAGCUUCUCGAACGCUACAUGUGUUCCCGGUUCUUCAUCGACUUCUCAGAUGUGGCGGAACAAAGGCGAAAGCUAGAGUCGUAUCUGCAGAAUCACUUUGUGGGAUUAGAGGACCGGAAGUACGAGUACCUGACCACCCUGUACAGUGUGGUCAAUGAAAGUACAGUAUGCUUGAUGGGACAUGAAAGGCGACAGACUCUGAGCCUCAUCACCAUGUUGGCGGUACGUGUUCUGGCGGAGCAGAAUGUAAUUCCCAAUGUGGCUAACGUCACUUGUUAUUACCAGCCGGCGCCGUACAUUGCAGAUGGCAACUUUAGCAAUUACUACAUUGCUCAGGUGCAGCCAGUCUACGCCUGUCAGCCCGCCCACACAUUCGCACCGUGGUUGCCCUGCAACUGACCAACUGUUAAUUCAUAUUUUUUCCAACAUGUCUAAUUAGAGCACCUGCCUAAUGAGACCAGUUGACAAGUCUGUAUUUGUGCACUCUGCAAUGUGAGGAAAACCCAAGACUUUUCCAAUUGGCUGCUGCCAGUUCGCUGCAAAGAGAAGCUACAAGCGCGCCAGAUGAAAGAAAGGGAGGGAGAGUGAGGUAACUUGGAUUCGUUCCCAUCAGGCAGCACGUUCUACCUAGGCUUUCCAUGGCUUUGUGCCAGGCCUACAGAAGCACAACACUGGCUGAGAGGAAACACCAUGGAAACUCUACAAGAGUAAUACGGACACAAAAGGGACAAUCUUUGUGUUUGUGUACAUAUGUGUGUGUGAUAGACAUACUUGACGAUUUAAAAAGAUGUCCUGCAUUUUGUGUUUAAAAUGCAGAUAGGUUAGCAAGAGAUGCUCAUUGAAUGCUCAUUACUCAUGCUAUCAGACUGAAAUCAAUGGACACUUUUCUCAAGCCAAGGAUAUUCUCAUAGAUACCAGAUACCCAAAACAGAUUAUCAGUUAAGUGCCUUAAACUGAAUAAAAUUGCAUUUAAAAAAAAUUUUAGUCACUCUGCAAAUGACCCCAAAGUAUGUUAGUCAAGAUAUCUAUUUGGAGUCACAAAUGAGUAAAGGUAGUGUGAAAUAGCAAAUGGAAAACGAGUUUUAAAAGCCACUUGAUCAUGAACUUUCAAUUGAUAUUUGUAAGACCUAUUACUUAUCAUUUAUUCAUUUGGGGGUCUAUAUGAAAGUGUUGCAUAAAAAACCUUUUUUUCAUCCAAGGCACUGACAAGAUUCGUACACCUGUGUGUAAGACUGUACAUAUGAGUUUUUCACAGCUUCUUGUCUCAUCUAAACUGACCUCAAUGUACUGUUGGCUCAAUGCUGGCUUAGCGCAGAUUAAAUUGUCCAGGGCAAUGCCAUUACAUCCAAGGCAGAGAAUUAAAACAGGUAGAUGCCGAACAGGAAGAGAAUUAAUGAAAGUUGUUUAAGUCCAAAUUGUUGUUACAUCCAGGUUACCUGGCGUCUUUCUGAAGGCCUAAUUAUCACACAGCCACCAAAUCCAGAGAUUAUACCUUUGACACAUCUGACCUGCAUAACCUGGGGGAUUAAGACCAGCAGAGACAAAGCAGCGAGAGGCAGAAGCUCAUUUAAGAGAACAUAUACCAAAGAUAUUCUUGAUAUUCCUCAAGAUUGUGAAGCAACAAUACUUGACGUAAAAGCAUCUACAUGCUGUUGAAACUUAAUGCAACACAUUCCCCUAGUUGAAUUAUUCCAUAAAGUCUGAAUCUGAAUGCCCUGACAUGGCCCUGUCCCCAAUGCUACUAAUUCCACACUUUGGUUAUGCAAUACUGCAUAGACUGUCCAAUGGUAGUCCAAAGGUGUAGACUGGGCAUUAAGGGCACAUGGGAGCACCUUUCAGGAACAAAAAUGGGACACUUUACAGCCACAUGCCUAAGUCAGGAGUAUGUUAAGGCCCUGUCCCAAUGAUACCCUAAGCCCUUGCAGUCCUCAUCCGAUUCUGCACUCUAGUGAUGCAACGCUGCAUAAACUGUUCGGUAGUAGUCCGAAGGUGCAUACUAAGCAAAAAAAGAAAAAAGGGAGGGGGGGCAUUAAGGGCACUCAGGAGCACCUUUUAGAAAAAAAAAAGGACACUCUACGGUCACAUGCAUGCAAUGGUUGCCACAAAUCUGUAAGUUGGGACAGGGCCUGAGAAUGUACUUAUGGAUAAAUCCGCUCUAACUGAUCAUACCUUCCUCCCAUACGCUCACUCGCAUAUAAUCAUAUCUCUUAUUUUUCUACUGAUUCUUCUAUUUUUGUACAUUGUGAUGUUUGGGCUAAGGUCUUGGUUAGGACCUUACUCUAAUGCUGUGAAAAGUACUGUUGCGUUUUAUGAGUCGAAAGACCCUACCAAGCAUUAGUGCAGCAAAUUCUCAACAAACGUUGGUGUAAAUUUUCAUUUCGAGUCAUUGCAUUUGGGUGCCCACACAAGUGUGAAUGUCUCAGUCUUUGUGCGUUUUAUCUUCUAAAUUAAACUUGUAUGUGAAUUCAGGUGACAUAUUCUGAGCUCACUACUGUCAACAUUGCAAUGCGUCAUGUAUUUGCAAACAUGAAUGACUCAUUAAAUGGUGAUUUUAAAAGUUA